AUAUUCCUGCUCGUGAAAUAAACGGUCUUUAUUCUGCCUCAUUUGUCUGUCACACAGAUAAGGUCCCGACUUUUCCCUGCUAUGAUGCGUUCCAUCGCAUUCGCUCUGGUUGUAUUGGUGAUCGGGAACCUAGGUAUCUCAAUAGACGAUCGCAGCGCAGAUUGUCCCUUCCCUUGCGUUAUAAACGGCCAUCACUUCUGUAGGCCCCCGCCUUGUCCCGUCCCCGCAUGCCGUGAUCCCAUCUCUAUCCCCGGUCAAUGCUGCGGGGUCUGUCCAGAGGACUGUCCCAAGGGGACGUGUAAAAUCGGAAACAAGACGGCGUGUUAUCCCGUCCCCUGUCCUCUACCACCGUGUGUUAACCCAGUCACCACUCCCGGGGAUUGCUGCCCGCAUUGUCCAGAGGAUAACACACGAGAGGAAAGAGAGCAGUGCCCCCGCCCAUGCCUCGCCGGGGGACAGACCUACUGUCACCCCGUACCGUGCCCCUUCCCGCCGUGUGACAACCCGGUGACCAGUCCGGGGGACUGCUGCCCGCACUGUCCCACGGGCACCGUCUUAUAACGGACACCAAGCCAAGAAUCUCCAUCAAUAAAAUGUUCUGCUGACAUCG